GAGGGCAUCAUCUCAACCCCGGUCUUAUGACGUCUACAUGCUGCAAUCCUACUAUUGACCACCUGCUUCAGGAAACCAGGGCUUAGGGCUCCGAAUUGAUACCGCUCUCCUUAUCGAUAAGGAAGCAGCAACUUACGGUGGGGACCUCAAGUGGACUCUCACACCUUUCCAAACGUAUGAAUACACGUUUAUCGGAGGUAAAUUACGAGGCGGAGGAAAUAUGAAGCGUGAAUAUCUUCCAACUGAGACACUUUCUGCUUGGACGAGGCUCAAUGGCAUCUCCGUCGAUGGGGUCACUUUCCGCAAGUUGCAAACCGAAGACGGCAUAGACAAGGGAUGCGCGAUAGUAGCGACAGGAGAGAAGUGCAAUGAGAGCUCGGAGACCGGAGGAGUAGAUGUGGAGACUCUUCUUCAAGUUCCCUAUGACUUGAUUCUGUCGCUCAGGUUGGUUGAAACUCAUGCCAAGUCUGAUCGGUAUCUGCGCGAGGUACUAGACGCCGUCGGCGAUUUUGGAAGAACAGCUAGGGGCGCGAUUUUGAUCUUCUUAAUCCUCCAGAUUACAUACUCUAGUCCGGAUUUCGCGGAUGAGCACCAUCGUAUCGGAGUGUCCAACCCCUGGACCGAAUAUAUACAGUAUUUGCCGUCUUCAAUAACGCUACCUACAUUCUAUACGGUUGAAGAGCGGGAGCUUCUGCGGGGAACAUCUCUAAAACUGGCGGUGGAUGCAAAGAUCGCCUCACUCGAGAAUGAAUUCGAACUCUUACGCCAAUCAACCGAAAACAUAACUUGGUGUCGCAAGCAUUGGUGGGAUGAAGAUACAGGGAAACUCAUGCUGGAUGACUGGAAAUAUGUCGAUGCUAUGUACCGAUCACGUAUGGUGGAUUUGCCAAGCUCUGGCCAUGCAAUGGUUCCAUGCAUUGACAUGGCUAACCAUGCAUCUGAGGAUAUUGUGAAAGCUUUAUACGAAGAGGACACGGAAGGCAAUGCGGUGCUUCAGCUACGAUCGGGGCGGAAACUUAAAUCCGAUGAGGAAGUUACUAUAUCGUACGGGGGCGACAAACCAGCAUCGGAGAUGAUAUUCUCGUAUGGAUUCCUCGAAAAAGAGAGAGAAGGCGCAAAGCAGAUAUUUCUCAAUCUGGAUAUCCCUGAAGACGACCCAUUGAUUAUGGCCAAGAAACGAGUUUGCAAGGCACCGCCAGGACUUCGGUUAUUCGAUGCUCCUACGGCGCAAAGGGGUAACACUGAUUGGGAUAGUCCGUUUGUCUGGUGGCUUUGCGUGAACCAAGAAGACGGGCUUGAAUUUGAAGUACUACAGACCAAUGAUGGGGGUAGAGAACUCAAGGUCAGUUGGAAAGGCGAAGAGAUCAAAGAUCCCAAUGACAUUAAAGCCUUCUUGGUCAAGGACCCUCUAUGGGAUAUCUUCCAGCUUCGAGCUGUGGUGACUGUACUCGAUCGGCUAGAAUCUCAUUUUCUCAUUCUUCGAGAAACUCAGAUCAUGGUUGAGGAGAUCAAUCACAACGAGGAUAUGCUUGCACUCUUCAGGCCUGAGGUGUAUAAUACAAUUAACAGUCUGCGUGAGUUGGAGGGGAAGCUGUUGGAGAAAGGGAUCGAGGAUUUGGUUCAGCAGAGACAGGAUCUUAUGGCGAGUGAGGCGGUCGCCGCAUAUCUCACCCAGCAGCAGGCUGAUGAUGUCGAAGAGGAUUUCUCGUGAUCAUCAAUUUAUGUAUAUGGCAAUAAGACACGGGGUCAUUUUCACCCAAUCCGCCACUGUGCUUGAGUCAUUGGUCUUGCUACGUUGCUAUACGAUCACUGUUAGCUGUUAGCAUCAUUUACAGUAAUCCAUACCGAAACCGGUGCCUGUUUGAGUUUCACUAUAUCCACUGCGGAAGGUCGAUCAUUC